GAAAAAGUGACACCUGGUGGCCAGAUUUUGUCAACACGUGCAUGUGUUUUAGCAUCUUUACUUUUAAUUAGCCUAUAGUUUAAAUGUAACACUUUAUAGUCUGCUCUAGCAUAUGGAUUUCACAUUUCAAGUUCGUUGUAUUUUGCCAGAAAUCCAACGUAUUUUGAGACGGACUGUAUACUGAUUUUAAUUUGUAACCUUGAUGGAGUCUUCGUCAGAUUCUGAUGAGUCGGUUUCUAAAGCAGUCAGUGUUUCCAUACCCAGACUUCAGAUUGAAACUGACAGAGACUUCUUCGAGUCGUUCAUUGACCUGGUGCCAGCUACAACAUUCUUCAAUGCUGAUGCCAAGAGGAAAAUCCGAGGAGAAGAUUCAGAUUCUGAUUCCGACUCUAUGGAAGAUGAAGAUGAUGAGCCACAACCACAGAAGAAGUCAUCAAAACAUAAAAAUGGUUUUCAGAAUGAUCCGCUACAGACAAAAACCGUCUCACAGUUGCAGGGGGAUCUAGCAGUACUUGAUGAAGAAAGAAAGAAAAAGGGUAAAGUUGUACCCAAGAAGAUGAAAAACAAGAAAAGUAAGAAAAAGUCCACCAAACAGGAAAAGCACACCGACAUAGAGGCCCUGCGUGAAAAGCUGCAUGCCAGGAUGCAAGAGUUAAGGGGUAGAACAGGGAAUUUGACUUCAGAGGAAUUACGAGAGCAAAAAAGGCUAAGAAGAAAAGAGAAGAAGUUGGCGAAGAAAAAACCUAAGAAUAAACGAUCCAAAAUAAUUGGAGCCCAGUCAGAUGACACUGUCUUGAGUAAUUCAGCCUUAAAGGUUGCACCGUCAUCACAUAAACCGGUUUUUAACAAGGAGGGGAAAAUGGUUUUUAGUAAAUUUGAUUUCACAGACACAGGGGAGAAAGAUACCCCAAAAAGUGAAUUCAAGGGAAAGGACUAUAAACGUUUGUUAGAAAAGGUAGAAAAGAGGAAAGAAAUAGUGACCAAGUUACGGGAAAAAGAUGCUGCAGCAGCAGAUAAAUUUGAAGAAAAGAUGUCAUGGCAGGCAGCAUUAAAUAAGGCACAGGGCGCGAAGGUCAAGGACAAUCCAGAACUUUUAACGAAAGCUGCAAAACGGAAGGACAAAAUGAAACACAAAAAACAGAAAGUGUGGCAGGAUAGACAAAACACAGUAAAACAAAAACUGGAAGAGAAACAGCAAAAAAGAAAGGCUAAUAUUAACAAGAAAAAAGAUGAAAGAAAAGACAAAAAACGAAAAAAACUUAUAAAGAAGGGAAGAAUUAUUCCAGGCUUUUGAUUGGUUGGCAGUUUUUAAAUAUACACAAAAAUACAAAA